AUGUCUGACGAGAGCAUAUGGAGGAACAUCGGGGGAGAUGGAUAUUGCUCGUUCAAGAUGAAGACUGAAGAGGACACGUUGUGCAGGAACCAAAACAAUGUGACGGGGAUAUGCAACCGGUUUUCAUGUCCACUGGCCAAUUCAAAGUAUGCAACGGUUCGAGCGGUGGGGGAAGAACUCUCUCUUUUUGUCAAAGAGCCUGAGCGUGUCCAUAUUCCUCGAGAUGCUUAUGAAGAGAUAAAGCUGUCUUCGAACUACGAAGAAGCUCUUAAACAGAUAGAAGAGAACCUUGAGUUCUGGGAUGAAAAGAUUAUUCACAAAUGCAAACAGAAACUUUCAAAGCUCACGCAGUAUCUUAGAAGGUUAGAGUAUUUCAAGGAGCAUGGAAGGACAGAAUACAUGGUGAGGAAGAAGAGGAUGAAUAGAAGGGAGAAGCUUAGGGCACUUAAGACUUUGAACAAGAUCAACUUCGAGAAGAACAUUGGAGAUGAGUUAAUGCUAAGGCUUGAAAGUGGAAUCUACGGAACAGAACUCAAAGACAGGUUCCACUUGGCCAACGAAGCAGCAGUGGAAAGAGAAAAGAAGCAAAAUAGGAAAAAAAGAUAUGUUGCAGAUAUUGAAGAAAGUGAUACAAUGUUUGAGGCUGAACCUCGUGAUAUUAAAAAGAAAGCCAAGAAGAAGGCCACAAUGAAAUGGUGA